AUGUCUGAUUCGAAUGCUGUAGUCGAAGACUUCGCCGCUGCAAUGCGCGACAUCGAGUCGAGCUCUUCCUCCGAGGAGAAAUCUGACGAGGAGGAGGAUGCCAAUGGCGACGGCGAUGCUGCCGACAACAGGAACCAGGAAACGACGGAGGAAACCAUGGCGCAAACCCGAGUCAUGUCUGUGGACGCCGACACAGCACCUGUGCCUCAACUACGUUCGGGCUUGAAAUACGCGCAAGGUCAAUGCACCAAAGGUCAUUCGACGAUCUUGGAGCUUCGUCGCCGUAUUAAGGAGCUAGAGGACGAGCUUGCCCUGGCCAAGUCGAAGAAGAAGCCCACGUCCAUCGAAACCAAAGUCAAAGACGCCGGGCGACAGUUCGUUUAUUUGUUUCGUAUAAUCCCUCCCGACUAUCUCUUCCCACUUCGUGGUGUCGAGCCGCUUGAUCCUCGCCAUCCGUCUCGGUUCAAGGACGCAGAGAAACGGCGUCGUUGUCUUGUUACUGAAUUUGUCAAAUUCCUGUCUCCUGAGCUUCGUAAGGCCGUCUCCAGCUAUUCGAGUUUCCAGUCGAAGUUUCUCGAAGGCGCGAGGUCCGAGAUCGGUAUCUUCGUCAACGCCAUCAAGUCACAGUACCCACGUAUCUACACCGGACUCGGCAUCAGCGAGCGCGGACUCUCGACCGCUGAGAAUCUCCCGAAGGACCCCAUGGUCAAAUGGCUCCUCGAGGACCCUUUCGCACCCGACGAGGGGAGCGCCAGCAGCGAGAGCGCCGACAACGAGGACAAGGACGAGGAGGUGGACGUUGUCCCCACCUUUCCGAGGAUUCUUUUCCAGGAUCCAAGUCUCCCUGACGGCGAUGAGCUCUUUCGGCAGCAAGCAUUGAUCAAUGCUGCUAAAGGCGCUCUAUUCGGGCAGUCUUCUUUGACUGGACGCGGUGGCUCUGGCGGUCCGAGACCGAGAGCGAUCAGGUGGAAGAUGAAAGGGACCACACCUGGUCUUAUCUGUGCCUUGGCGGUCCUGGUGAUUCACCGACUCACUGCAGAUACCGACUUUAACGCUACGGGAAAGUCUACGCAUAUCAACUGGGAAGCUCGUUUCGACGAGUAUCUUGCUGUGUUGAACAGAAACCCCGAUUGGACCGACAAGCUCCUCGCUUUCUGGGACUCCAUCCUCUUCCCCAAAUCCGGCUCGGCGAAGACAGCCACUCGCACAACGCCUCGUGAUCCCAUCGACCGCGCUAACUCCCUUUUCGACAAGAUCCAGGCUCGUAUCGCCUCAUCUGAGCCCGAGCCCUCUAAUGCGACAGAUAGCGCUGAUUCUGCUGCUCUCCAGCAGCAGAUCAAUCAGCUGUCGAUCUCAGACGCAAAUGGAGCGGUCGACGCUGCGCCUGUGGUCUCUGGCGCUCGCGCUCGGUCGGUCCGUGCGUCCCCCGCUCCGUCUACCCCGCUCGGGCAGGAGCCUUUGAGCUCCGCCUCAGCGGCACCCCUCGAGAAAGCGCCCACGCCCGUACCAGCUCAAGUUGACGUUCUCGCCACGAAACCGGCCCGCAGAACCCGUCAAACGGCCCGGGCAGCCCAGGAUGAGGACCAGGAGUCGUCAUCAAAGGUGAAACGCAGCGCUGGUAGUGCUAAACGCAACAGGGGCACCUAA